AUGGAGAAAUCAGUGUCGAUUAGUAGUCGCCCAUUCAUCAUAUGCUGUGGCCUCCCUCGAACCGGUACGACAUCUCUUGGGAAGGCCCUCAGCAUCUUGUUGGAAGGACCUGUGUUUGACGGCGGCGGGCAAUCGUUCCGAGGCAACCGACAUGAGCAACGCCAGAUGCUGGAACUCGCAUCGCAUGUGCCAGCAAAAGAGGCACACGAGAGAGAGCUCGUUCUUAACAGCCUGGCCAAGCUGACAGCAGGAUGUGUGGCAAGCGUGGAUCAGCCUGGCUGCUAUAUGAUCGAGGAGCUACUCCGGUUGUAUCCUGAUGCAACUGUGAUCUGUACUAUCCGUGACCGUGAGAGUUGGUGGGCAAGCUACUCGGAGCUCUGGAAGUGCAUACACGAGCUAUAUCCUCUUUCAUGGCUUUCGCCUUGGCUCCACAGGUUCUGUCGAUUCAGCUUGCAGAUCUGGGAGAGCGUACCUCCGGCGGUAGGAAUUCCCAGUGCACCAGCAUGGCCCAUGGACAAUCAUGCAUGUCUCUACGAGGCGCAUGCCGAAUACGUCCGCAGGGUUGUUCCCAAAGAAAGGCUGCACUAUUUCGAUGUUCGACACGGCUGGCAACCACUCUGCAAGAUCCUGAGGGUUCCCGACCCAGAAAUCCCCUUUCCUCACGAGCUUCCCCGAAUGGCACUCACUCGGGGUAAGGAGGAUCUGAUGAAAGAUUUGAGGCGGCGGCGAAACAUACUUGUUGGGCUUGGGUUUUUGAUUGGGAUCUUCACGGUAUACCAGAGCGCAAGUUUCAUGGCAUGUCAUGCUCGCCAAAUUCUCGCGUAA